AUGGCUGUUCAUGAUAAUUUAAUGUCUGAAAGAAUAAGCAUAAGCGUGAUUAAUUCUAUUGAAAUUAAAAAUAAAAAUUUUGAAGGAUCCAAAUUUAAACAAUUCAUCGCGGCAAUUGCUGCGAGCAUAUGCGUGCUGUCAAGUGGAGUUAUAUUAAUAUGGGGAGGCCCUAUUUUAUUAAUGCUCCGAAAAAAUCCAGUGAGCAUUGAAAAUCCAUUUGUCCGACCGAUCAGCAAUGAAGAAAUAUCCUGGAUUGGUGGAUUUACUACAGUAGGUUCAAUGUUUGGCUGUUUGGCGCCAGGAUAUCUUGCUGAUAGGUGGGGAAGACGAGCAGCUUUAUUGUCUACCGCAGUUCCAUUUCUUGUAAGCUGGACGCUAAUUUUCUUAGCGAAGCGUAUAGAAAUUUUGUUCUUAGCAAGAUUUAUAGCGGGGCUUGCUAUUUCUUUUUCCUACGCGCUGGUUCCGAUGUACAUUGGCGAAAUAGCUGAAGCGCCGAUCCGAGGAAUUCUUGGGUCCUUUUUUCAAAUAUCCUUCAACUUAGGUUUAUUACUGCCUUACGUAAUUGGCCCGUUUGUUCCGUACGGUAAUUAUUGCAUCAUCUGUGCGACACUGCCGAUUGUUUUCUUUGUUGUCUUCUUCGCGAUGCCAGAGACACCGUAUUACCUAGCGGCUAAAGGCCGAAAAGAAGAUGUUAUCAAGGUGUUGGCGAAGCUAAGAGGGAAAAGCAGAGAAGCUGUCGAAAAAGAAGCUAAUGAAAUUCAGGUAGCGGUCCAAGAAGCUUACAGCAAAAAAGCAAAAAUAAUAGAUUUGUUUAAAGUCAAGGCCAAUUUAAAAGCUCUAAUUAUUUGCUGUAGUCUUGCCGCUCUCCAACAAUUGAGCGGUAUUAAUUUUUUUCUUCUUUACUUAGAGGUUAUUUUCGCCAGUGUUGGAACAAAUGACAGUAUUAGCACAACUCUUCAGACAAUUAUUGUAGCAUUGAUUCAACUUUUCAGUUCCUUUGUCAAUCCUCUAGUAGUUGAUUGUCUGGGAAGAAAAAUUUUAUUGAUUGUUUCUGGAAUUGGUACAUCAUUAAGUCUUGCAGCUCUUGGAUUUUUCUUCUAUCUGAAAGAAUCAAAACAAAAUGACGGCAGUAACAUCAGCUGGCUGCCGAUUUCUUCUUUAAUUGUUUUUAUGAUUGCCUACAACAUCGGAUUAGGACCAGUUCCUUGGACAGUCAUGGGUGAAAUGUUUUCCCAAGAAGUUAAAUUUAAAGCAACAAUAAUAACCAUUUUCAUUUGCCGUUUCACAUCCUUUAUUAUUGUUAAGUAUUUUAUUAAUGUUGUGGAUGCAUUUGGACUGUGCACAGCAUUUUGGUCUUUUGGAGUCGUCUGUUUUUUAAGUAUUCCAUUUGCUGUUUUUAUUCUGCCGGAAACUAAAGGCAAAUCAUUAAAAAAAAUUCAAGAUGAACUUAUGAGUCGAUGA